AAGCUUCACGAAAGCUUACGAGCGUUUCUUCCUCGCUGCCUAGGAGGCUAGUCUGAUUGUGGUCACCGGCCGAUAGGGCUGGUCGGCUCUGGGUAGUAUCUCGCCGACUUCUAACGAAGUCUGACUUCGCCGACCGACCCUGGAGCCACUCGAUUUUUCCAACCCCCUCUGGAGGCGGCGGAAGCCGAGCUCACACGAGGUCUAGCCGAACUCCGCCGAAUGUCUCCGAGCAGAGUUCUUCGGAGCCUCAGUGCCCGCCUCCUUCUGUCCGAAAGCUUCCGAGUGUUGCCGGACGGAAGAAUCGGGCCUCGGCAGCGGUCGGACGCCCUCAGCACCGCGGGGCGGGAGGAGCGAAGAUGGCGGGAGGGUGCGGCCAAGAGGCUGCUGGGAUUGUGGCGGACCCAGCGGCAAAAUGGCGGCCAUGCGGCCAGGGAGAGGCUCCUUCAAGGUGCUCUCGUCAGUUCCUCUUCAGAUGCUGUUUCACCUCAGUGGGCUGUACUAUGCCCUGUACUUCCUAGCUACAUUCCUGAUGAUUACAUAUAAAAGUCAGGUUUUCAGUUAUCCUUUUAACUGUCUGGUCCUGGAUCUGGUUCUCUUGCUUCUGAUGGGGAUUCUCGAAGUAGCUCGGCUAUAUCUAGGCACAAAAGGCAACCUGACGGAGUCUGAAGUGCCACUGGCAGCCAGCCUGGCAUUCACAGCAGCCAGUGUCCUCCUUUCUGUUUACUUCCUGCUCUGGCAGACCUUGGUACUGUGGAUGGACUCGGUCCUCAGCACCAUUCUCCUGGUGCUACAUGGGCUGGAGGCUGGCUUGCAGGUGGUGGUCAUUGCUGACUUCAUCAGGUAGACGGAUCAGGAUAACCUACACAGCAGUGCUCCUCAGCCUCCAGCCAACUCCUUUGCUCUCAAACACAAUGGGUAUCUUUUUUUUUUAUUGAUUGUCUAUAAAUGGAUUUAGGUGGUUUAUAAACCUUUUUUAGUGAGCGGGAGUACAGGAACCAGGGAGGGGCAAACUGUUAGGAGUUUAGGUGUUGAAGAUGGUUAUCAUGGACAGUAGUCAACCCUAGAGAUGUCCACUCCUGUUGUAUGGUCAGGGUCCUGGCUAUAGCAGCAGGACCACCAGUGAUCACCAGGCCAUUGGAAGGCCAAGUCUUUCAGGAAGUCAACACUGGGGGCAGCCCAGCUGCUCCACCCUAUCUCAGCCCUAUAAAUGCAGCAUCUUGGCAGGAGGACUUGGCUGUGUUGGUCUGUCACCGUGUGUUUUCUCACAGGAAUUACUGACUUCCGUGCUUCCCACACUAACCCUGCUUCUUGUUCUGAGAACCUGCUGUACUCUGUAGCGAGGCCUUUGUCCAGGCCUGGGAUCCCUCUGAAGUUGCAGGAUGGCAGGCUUUGAGUUCCAGGGUCCCUCCACUUUGGCUCCCUGUAAGGCCAGUCCUGAAUAAAACUGUUUGGUUUCCAAAAGGAAACAAAAGCAAAUGUAUGCCGGGUGGGGUGGCACACAACACCUUUAAUCCCAGCACCCAGGAGGCAGAGGCAAGCAUAUCUUUGUAAGUUCAAAGCCGGCCUGAUCUACAGUAUGGUGAAUUGCAGAUCAGCCAGGGUUACAUAGUGAAACUUUGUCUUAAAAAAAAAAAAAAGUGGAGGGAGCUGAAGAGAUGGCUCAGCAGUUAAGAGCACUGGCUGAUCUUCCAGAGAACCCAGGUUCCAUUCCCAGCACCCA